UUUUAAUCGAACCACGAGCAUUAAACCAAAACAAUCAAGAAAGUGACGGUUGUACCAACCGGUUUAUCGAGCUCUCUCUCUCUCUCUCUCUCUCUCUCUCUCAAAGCAAACCUCUUUAAACUCGCCGCGUUUCUCAUGAGCCUUUGUCUUCUCUUCUUCAUCACAGUUAACCACAACCCAUCUCCUCUGAUCUCCUCCUCCUCCGCCAUGCGCUCGCCGCAUGCCUUCCGCAACGGCGAAUCUCCCUCCUCGCGUGACCUCACUCACUUCCACUCCACCGUCGCAGCUCAGAAGCUCCGUCGCUUCAACUCCCUGAUCCUCCUCCUCCGCCUCGCCUCUUUCUCCUUCUCACUCGCCUCCGCCAUCUUCACUCUCACCAAUUCCCACGGCUCCGGUUCGCCUCACUGGUACGACUUCGACGCCUUCAGAUUCGCGUUCGUGGCAAACGCGAUCGUGGCGUUAUAUUCGGUCUUCGAAAUGGGGACUUGCGUUUGGGAGUUCUCCAGAGAAACUACGUUGUGGCCUGAAGCGUUUCAAGUCUGGUUCGACUUUGGCCAUGACCAGGUGUUCUCUUACCUGUUGCUAUCGGCAGGAUCAGCUGCAGCAGCACUAGCUAGAACCAUGAGGGGAGGUGACAUGUGUACAGACAACAAAGCCUUCUGCUUGCAGUCAGAUGUAGCCAUUGGUUUAGGCUUUGCUGCUUUUCUGUUCCUCGCCUUCUCUUCUUGCUUCUCUGGUUUUAGAGUGGCUUGUUUCCUCAUCACAGGCUCUCGUUUUCAUCUUUAGUGUUUGAUCCGUAAAAGAGAAACGCUCGUCACAUUUGUUUAUUGGAGUUCCUUAAGUUGCCAUAAGGAACUUUACCA